AUGUGUGAGUGCACGAAAGGGGGGGGGGAAGGGGGUCCAAAGGAUGUUGAGGUUGAUGUAGAUGAUGAUAGUGAUGGUAAAGAUGUUGAGGGGGGUGAUGUAGAUGUUGAUAGUGAUGGUGAAGAUGUUGAGAGUGAUGAGGAAGAUGUUGAGGGUUUUGUAGAUGUUGAUAGUGAUGGUGAAGAUGUUGAGAGUGAUGAGGAAGAUGUUGAGGGUUUUGUAGAUGAUGAUAGUGAUGGUGAAGAUGUUGAGGGGGGUGAUGUAAAUGUUGAGAGUGAUGGAGAAGAUGUUGAGUGUGAUAGUGAAGGUGUUGAGGGUGAUGGGGAGGAUAUUAUGGGUGAUGAGGAAGCUACAGAAGGUGACAGGGAAGAUAGUGAAAAUGGUGGUGAAAAUGUUUAUAUUAAUCGAAAAAAGGCUUAA